GGGGACCGAUGAAGUCCUUCCUGGAUUGGUGAUGCCCCUUCUCGAGGAACCUAUCCAUUCACUUCACGUCAGCUCUCCUAUCCUAUCAAGACUAACCGAUUUCCCAGUCAAGUACUCGCAAAGGCUUCAAAGAGCCGGCUUCACAACAGCAUCAGAGAUCAUCCUAAUCACUCCGGAGAGCCUCAAGAGCCAGACCGGAUUGAGCAGCGAAGAGGUCCAAGAUGUCUACCGCAGAUUAUCCGAGAUAUGUUCGCCGCAGGUCUCGACGGUUUCCGCGCGACUCAUUGAGGGAAGUAAGCAAGGGUUUAUCACCCUAGGGUCGGCCGAUCUGGACCGCGUGUUCGGCAGUCCACAGGGCGGGAUCCCCACCGGACUGUUGACGGAAAUCGCGGGGGAAUCGGCAUGCGGAAAGACCUGUCUGGCCCUUCAGCUCUCCUUGAACGUUCAACUGCCUCACUCCCUCGGAGGCCUUCUGGGCGGAUGCAUCUAUCUGUGCACCGAAAGCGCGUUCCCUACCAGAAGGUUACACGAGAUGGCUGCCGGGCUGUGUGCUCGUGUGAAGAACAUCUUGGAUUCUUUGGACCCCGAAACUCAGGAACUCAUCCUACAAGACUUGCGCGUCGAGAGUCUGAUGGAAAACGUCCAUCUGACACGUGUCCAUGAUCCACAAGCCUUAAUCCACACGAUCCACUACUAUCUACCUGGGUUUCUGGGCAGACAGAACGAGUCGAAAGGCGGAUCUCAGCGACCCAUAAGAUUGAUAGUAUUAGACUCGAUCGGGGCGAUCUUCCGAACGGAUCUCGACCCAUCGAGGAUGUCGACGACGACGAUGGCGAAGGAGCAUUCACAAAACAAUGCCAAGUUUAGGAUGACCGAGCGGGCGGCGGAGAUGAACCAAGUAGCGGAUGGCCUGAAGGAGCUUGGGGCGCGAUACGGCUUGGCGGUGGUGGUGGUCAACCAGGUCUCAGACGUCAUGGCCGCCUCCUCUUCCUCCUCCUCCGAGCUCGUCCUUCCGCGGCCAGUCCAGAAGAGCGUCGGCCGGUCCCACGGCUUCGCGUCCUUGCAUCCCUCCCCGCUACACAGCUCGGGCAGCACCGUAGUCGAGACCGGCCGGAAAAGCUCGCCGCCCAACAACCCCCCCUCCCCUCUUCCCCCGCCCAUCUCGACGCCCGCCUCUACCCCUGACUCGACUCCCCUUCUUGCCACACCAACCAGUCACCUCCUCUCGCCAAUCCCGCUCCUUUACCACCACCAAGCACGCCAUUUCACCGGACAAAAGGUCACCCAAAACCGCAAGGAAGCCGCGCUUGGGAUCCAUUGGACUAACGCUAUCAACCAACGAAUCAUGCUCAACAAACUCCACUCGUCCAUCGACCCCAUCUCUCUCCCAAAACCCCUCCUGGAGAUCGACAAUCAUCCGCAUAAUCCGAAUCCCGUUAGGCUCGCUAAACUUGGCCUAAGAGAGGCCGUCCUCGUCUUCUCUCCGCUCGGAUUUACUCCCCUCGAUCACAACCAUAGAGCCGUACAGUUCGUCAUUCAUUCUCGUGGAAUCGUCUCUGUUAAUGAGUUCUUGUGAUUCUCUCUCUGCCCGGCGAGGCGGAGGGGGGGGGGUCCUUUCUUCCGCAUGUUUCGUACAUUUUGAUUAUAUAUUUUAUUCUUUAUUCAUAGCAGAUCUGUAGUCUUUUCCUCAUUUAUUUAUCAGUGUUUUCUUCUUUCAAAGUACAUGUAAUAUACUGCAUUAACAUGUUUGUGUGUGUCUGUGUGGAGAUGUUUUUUUCUUAAAAAAAAGUAAUAUGAUGUGAUGUAUUUCAGCAAAUC